CAAUACAUUACAAUCGGUGGGUGGGUGAAAAAUUGAGCUUGUAUUUGCAUUUAUAGGCCGCUUAAAACGUAUACGAAACGAAUUUGAAAGCAUAUGGUAAGGAAGAAGAAUAAGAAAACGAAUAUUGUAUAUAAGCAAUACUCGUAAAACUGUGCCACGAAUCAGUGACUUUAAAACUUGUUCAAAAUAUUGAAAUGACUGCUUCUGACCAUAGGAUUUCUUUGUUAUGAUAUAAAUGUUUUUGAGGUAGCUUUAAUGCAGUUCUUGGAGUUAGCCAGUAUUAUGAUGUCAGAGUUUUCUUCAAGCAGUUUUGCUAAUUCAAAGGAAAUUCCAAUUAUAAAUUAUAAAAAAAGUCCAUUGAUUCGAGAAGUUUGGCGGUACAACCUUGAAGAUGAAUUUCGUAAAAUACGUAAAGUUGUGCAAACGUAUCCUGUCAUUGCGUUGGAUACAGAGUUUCCGGGAAUUGUUGCGCGACCAUUGGGUGGCAGAUCUGGCGACUUUCACUAUCAACAAUUGCGGGUCAAUGUAAAUUUAUUAAACAUUAUACAAAUUGGUUUUGCGUUUAUGGACGAAAACGGCAAGCAACCAGCUGAUUAUUCCACUUGGCAAUUUAAUUUUAAAUUCAGUCUUCGUAGUGAUAUGUACGCUGUGAACUCCAUUGAACUGCUACAAAAUGCCGGUAUUAAAUUCAAACAGCAUGAGAUAGACGGCAUAGAUCCAACGGAUUUUGCGGAACUGCUCAUGAUGUCUGGUGUGGUGUUAAUGAAAAAUGUGAAGUUCACCUCUGUGCGAACUGAUUUUAAUAGAUAUAUGGCUAGAGCAAAGAUCUACAGUAAUCCACAAGAUGAAGACAUUAAUGCAGUUAAAAGUGGUAAAAGGGUUAAUAUUGAUUGGCGCAUCAAUUUACAACUAAUCGUACAAAAUCAUCUUGACAAGGAUAAAGAAUGUAAAUUCGCACUUGGUAAAGAGAAUUUUGUGGAUGAACAAGUCGGCUUAAUUAUGCCUAGCAACAGUCCGUAUCUGCACUUGAUCAAUGAAAAAAUAACGCGUCUUUUUCAAAUGGGUUUCAUUGAGAGGUGGCACCAAACGAAUUUACCUUCAAUGGAGAAAUGCAACGGAAAAGGUGUACUCCGACAAAUCACCAACCACAAAGUAAAUUUAGAUGAUAUGCAAGGAUGCUUUCUCGUACUAUUAUUAGGAUUCGCAAUUUCUAUAUUCAUUUUGUUUAUUGAAUAUUGGUUUUAUCGACUAUACGUCGUAGACAGAGAAAACAAUAGAGCUAUUUUUACAACAUAAAAUAUAUAUGAUGAUCCACGUUUAAAGAAAACUUA